AUGUUAUACUUAAAAUUAUUACUGUUGGCAAUAUUUUCCACGGGACGGUUGACACUAUCCGGAAGACUGUCGGCAUUCGUUGAUGCAGCUGCAUGUAAGGGAUGUGCACCGCCCUGUAUUUGUCCGGGACAGAAAGGAGAGCGGGGUGUAACAGGUUUUCAAGGUGAAAGAGGCCAUCCUGGAGCACCUGGUGAAGAUGGCGGUGAAGGGCAGGCUGGUGCAGUAGGUAUGCAAGGUGCUGAAGGAGAUUUCGGUGAUCCCGGUAUGAAAGGUGUUCGAGGUGAUCGAGGUUUACCAGGAGCACCGGGCCAUGUUGGAUUUCCCGGACUUGAUGGCUUACCGGGUAUGAAGGGUGAAAUGGGUGUACCGGGCUGCAAUGGUACGGAUGGGAGACCGGGACUACCGGGUUUAGCCGGUCCUCCUGGCUUAAGAGGCCCUCCUGGUGAACCAGGUCGAUCUGGAUAUCCUGGACCACCAGGUGAAGGAGGUAUCAAUUCAAUCGGCAGAAAGGGUGAACGAGGCGAUUCGGGUCGUGCUGGAUUACCUGGCGCACCAGGUAUGCCUGGAUUACCUGGGCCAAAAGGUGCAAAAGGAGAUCCUGGACCGUAUGGACCACCAGGCUUUCCUGGUCCUCAAGGUCCAAAAGGACGCAUGGGAAUUCGAACACCAGGUAUGAAAGGUGAAAAAGGUUUAGCAGGACCACCAGGAUUACCCGGACCACCGGGCAGUUUUGCUGGUGCAUCUGCUCCAGAAGAAACGGAAGUGAUUCAAGGGCCUAUUGGAGAGCCAGGUUUGAAAGGUGAAAAAGGGCGGAUCGGUUCAGUUGGACCUCCUGGAUUUGCUGGAAGUGAUGGAGUGCCAGGAUUUUCUGGAAUCAAAGGACAAAAAGGAGAUCCUGGUGAUUUGGGAGCCAGAGGCAAACGAGGAAAAGAUGGACCUAUGGGUUUGAUCGGAGAGAAAGGUGAAACUGGCAUUCAAGGUGUGCCAGGUCUCGAUGGUUAUUCGGGGCAAAAAGGUGCUGCUGGUGAAUUGGGUUAUGAUGGUCGAAUUGGCCAGGAGGGUGAACCCGGGCCGCCGGGAGAGUUUGGUACAGGCAGUGGGCAGCCAGGACCACGUGGCUUACAGGGAUUUGAUGGAGCACCUGGAAAAAAAGGACAACCAGGUCUCCCAGGUGUAAUGGGUCCAGUCGGUGCUCGAGGACCAAAUGGUGCUCCUGGUCCACAAGGAGCUCCUGGUUUGAAUGGCUUACCUGGGUAUUCAGAAAAAGGUGAUCGUGGUGCGGACGGGAAUCCAGGUUACGUAGGAGAUGCAGGAGCACCAGGUACUCCCGGUGACUGCGGAAUAAUGGGGGAACCAGGUUUGCCAGGAUUCGACAUUCAAGGACCACCAGGAUUGGAAGGAAGACCUGGCCGCGACGGUUUUACUGGAGUGCCAGGUGAUGUCGGUGAUCCUGGAUUAGCUGGUCUGAAAGGAUUUCCAGGAACUGGCAUUUCGAAAGUAGGCCCACCAGGUAUGGUCGGUUUAAUAGGACCACCUGGAGAGAACGGACGAAUCGGUUUGGAUGGAUUGCCGGGCAGUCCUGGAUAUCCUGGAGAAAAGGGUGAUGAUUGUGGAUAUUGUGCACCAGGCUUGCCAGGACAAAAAGGUGAUGCUGGUCUUCCGGGACAGGAUGGAUAUCCAGGUCCCUUGGGUCCAAACGGAAAUCAAGGCUUAACUGGAAUGAAAGGUUUACCUGGAAAACCAGGACGUGUGGGUCCAGAUGGACAGCAGGGCUCCGAAGGUCUACCGGGACUACCAGGUUUCCAAGGGAUAAAGGGUGAAGCAGGCGAAAUUCUUGGUGGCUUGGAGAAUCCUCGAGGAUUCCCUGGAAGCAAAGGAGAACGAGGACAACCAGGCACGUUUAUUUUUACUUCAAAUACCUUCAAAAUUAUUAAUGAAAAUAUGAUCUACAAGUCUGAAGGGAUUCCUGGUGGACGAGGAAUGCCCGGAGCUGAUGGAUUACCCGGACCACCUGGUCUGGAUGGUACACCUGGUCUUCCAGGGGAAAAAGGCUUAGCUGGAAUUAAUGGAAAGCAUGGUCGUGAUGGAGCUCCUGGACUGUCUGGAGCAGUUGGACCACCAGGUGAAUCAUAUCCAGGUCCACCUGGUCUAGAUGGAAUAAAAGGCGAACGAGGUGCUGAUGGCUUACCAGGUCUUCCUGGACCGAUGGGGCCACAAGGACCACCAUAUAGUGGUCUGAUAAGAGGUUUAGUUGGUCGUGAUGGCUAUGAUGGAGCACCAGGACUUAAAGGAAUGCGUGGGGCUGAUGGUCUUCCUGGUUUACCAGGUGCACCUGGUCUCGAUGGAUUACCAGGAAGAGUUGGUGAACCUGGUAUUAUUGGAUAUCCUGGAAAGCCAGGUCAAAGUGGAGCGCCUGGACUUCCUGGUUUGGUGGGAGAUGACGGUUAUCCAGGAGUUCCUGGUGAACGUGGAUUACCGGGAGAAGGCGGUCUUCCUGGUCUUGCUGGCUUACCAGGUUUACGCGGAGAGCCUGGUCUGGGCUUGGCUGGACAAGUUGGUUUUCCUGGAGCAAAAGGUGAAAGUGGUAGACCUGGUUAUCGAGGACCUGCUGGGAAGCCAGGAUUACAAGGAAAGCCGGGCGCUGUUGGUGUGAGAGGUGUGCCAGGUGAAAACGGUUAUCCUGGGUUAGCUGGAAUUCCUGGAAUGAAAGGUGAACGUGGUUUGCCCGGAAUACCGGGAAAAAUGGGACGUCCAGGACGACCCGGAAAAGCUGGCAGUGAAGGAGUUCCAGGUUUGAGAGGGAAAAGUGGUGCCCCCGGCAGAGAUGGUUUGCCUGGAAUUAAAGGAGAAAGAGGUUUUGCUGGUCUGCCAGGUUUGCCUGGAAAUGUUGGGGCGCUCGGCAAAAUAGGACCCUCCGGUGAAGAUGGUGAACCUGGUUAUCCGGGAGUAAAAGGAGAACGAGGUGUAGAUGGAGUGCCAGGGCAACCUGGUUUUCCUGGUAUACCAGGAGAUAAUGGACUUGAUGGCGUGCCUGGAUUGAAGGGUGUUGAUGGAGAAUCAGGCUUACCUGGUGCUCCUGGAUUGGAAGGACUUCCUGGUUUAUCUGGGGCUCCAGGUUAUGCUGGUUCACCUGGCAUAAAAGGUAUGCGUGGUGAACCUGGACAAUUUGCGCAUCCAGGACCACCAGGCAAUAUCGGUUUACCAGGACCACAAGGUCCCGUUGGUCUACCUGGACAAGAUGGCAUACCAGGAACUAAGGGAGAAUGUGGUUCGCCGGGAAACAGUUAUUCUGGUUUACCAGGUCUGCAAGGCCCCGAAGGAGAACCUGGUAGAGAUGGAAUCGAUGGAACCAAUGGAUUUCCUGGAGCCAAAGGUCAACAAGGUGAUGCUGGAAGAAAUGGCGAACGUGGUUCUGAUGGGCGACCAGGCAUACCUGGUGUCAAAGGUGAACGUGGAUUGCCGGGACUACCAGGUAUUCCUGGUCUUCAAGGACCACCUGGAUUAGACGGUAUAAUGGGUCAAAAAGGUCAUGCUGGUCUUCCGGGUGAGCCUGGAUUUAGUGGUUCAAGGGGGCAACCAGGAGUGAACGGCAGGAAAGGAGAAGCUGGACAGCCAGGAACUCCAGGAUCUGUUGGCGUAACGGGACCAGUCGGUGCACCAGGUGAAAUGGGCUUAUCUGGACUACCAGGUAUAUCAGGUGAUGAAGGCAAUACAGGUUUGCCAGGCAUACCAGGAAUCAAAGGUUUACGUGGCAACACUGGUGCUCCAGGUCCUCCAGGUGUAAAUGGCUUACCUGGAAUUGCUGGUGCUCGAGGUGACGAUGGACUUCCUGGUUUGCCAGGAGCACCUGGAUUCGGCGUCCAAGGCCCUCCAGGUAGUACAGGUUAUCCUGGAAUUCAUGGCCAGCCUGGUUUGCCAGGUUUAAAAGGUAAACGUGGUGAAGACGGUAGACCAGGCAUGGCUGGUGCACCUGGUAUGCGUGGUUCUGAUGGCCUCUCAGGUUAUCAAGGUGAAAAAGGCAUUCCUGGAAUUCCAGGCAAAAGAGGUCGUGAUGGAGCUCCUGGAUUACCUGGUCAAGCGGGAAUGGAUGGCUAUCCAGGAGCAAAAGGUGAAAGAGGUUUUUCCGGCUUGCCAGGGAUACCAGGAAAAGAUGGACUUGCUGGGUAUUUGGGCGAACGAGGUAUACCCGGUGCUUCAGGUGCGCCAGGUCUUCCUGGUAAUUUAGGGCUACCAGGACUUCCCGGUAUUCCAGGACAGAAAGGAAUCCAUGGUGACAUGGGAUUACCAGGCAUACCAGGUUUGCAGGGACCGAUAGGACCACCAGGAAGACCUGGUCCUCCUGGUAGGCCUGCUGUUUAUAAUCAAUACUUGCAUUCACCGAAGGGUGAGCAAGGUCUUCCUGGAAUGCCUGGACAAAAAGGCUAUCCGGGAGAAACUGGAAGUCCAGGCAUGCAAGGACCACCAGGACCAGCAGGAUUUCCGGGUCUAACUGGUCCACCGGGUAGUCCUGGACUUCCUGGUAUACCGGGUAUUAAGGGUAAGAUGGGAUCAGAUGGAUAUCCGGGAUCAGCAGGACGUGUUGGAAAAGCAGGAUCACCGGGAGCACCCGGAUUUCCAGGACCACCAGGUGGUUGGGCACCAUCACGUGGUUUCACUUUCGCAAGACAUUCGCAGGCAACUGAAAUACCGCGAUGUCCAGCUGGAUCACAAAUGUUAUGGAGUGGUUAUUCAUUGUUGUAUGUACAAGGAAAUGGACGUGCUAGCGGUCAAGAUCUUGGUCAACCAGGGUCAUGUUUAUCGAAAUUCAGCCCAAUGCCAUUUAUGUUCUGUAAUCUGAACAGUGUUUGUCAUGUUUCUAGCCGAAACGAUUACUCCUUUUGGCUCUCCACCGCAGAACCAAUGACACAAAUGAUGAAUCCGGUAUCCGGUACGGCUAUAAGGCCAUAUAUAUCACGUUGUGCAGUUUGUGAAGUACCAACACAAAUCCUAGCGGUACAUUCACAGGACUCUUAUCUACCACAGUGUCCACAUGGAUGGUCAUCACUAUAUUCCGGUUAUUCAUUUGUCAUGCAUACCGCUGCUGGUGCUGAAGGAACUGGACAGAAUUUGGAAUCACCGGGAAGUUGUUUGGAAGAAUUCCGCGCAGUACCAUUUAUUGAAUGUCAUGGCCGGGGAACAUGUAAUCAUUAUGCAACUAAUCAUGGCUUUUGGCUAGCUAUCAUUGAUAAGAACAAACAAUGGAGAAAACCAAUGUCACAAACACUUAAAGCGGGUGGUUUAAAAGACCGCGUGAGCAGAUGUCAAGUGUGUCUUAAAAACAAAUGGUAA